AUGAGAUGGCUUGUACUUUUGAUAGAGUUCGAUAUUCAGUAUGUUUCUCAGAAGUCUAUUAAGGGAAGUAUUGUUGCCGAUCACUUAGCCUCACUACCGACAUCUGAGGACAGACCAGUUGAUGAUGAUUUUCCAGAUGAGGAGUUUGUUGCUAUGACCAGCUUAUCGGGAUGGUGCAUGUACUUCGAUGGUGCAGCCAAUCAGUCAGGGUAUGGGAUUGGUGUUCUAUUGGUAUCCCCUCAGGGCGAUCACAUUCCGAGGUCCGUUCGUUUGGCAUUCUCUGAUCGACGUCCUGCCACGAAUAACAUAGUUGAGUAUGAGGCUUGUAUCCUUGGUUUAGAGAUUGCAUUGGAGCUUAACAUUAGACAGAUGGAGGUGUUUGGUGACUCCAAUCUGGUACUCAGGCAGAUUCAGGGGGAUUGGAAGACUAGGGACGUGAAGCUUAGGCCAUAUCAUGCUUAUUUAGAGUUGUUGGUUGCGAGAUUUGACGACUUGAGAUAUGUUCAUCUGCCUAGAGCGCAGAACCGAUUUGCUGACGCCUUAGCUACUUUAGCCUCCUUCGUGGACAUUCCGAUUGAUGUAGUCAUACGUCCAUUACUGAUUGAGUCCAGGUCUGCACCCGCCUAUAAUUGUCUGAUUGGAGAGACAGAGGUCCAGGAUGACCUACCUUGGUAUCAUGACAUUUAUCAGUUCCUUAGAUCUGGCACAUACCCUGAGGUAGCCACUACCAAGGAUCGGAGAGCACUGAGGCAUUUGGCUACUAGAUUUGUGAUUUGCGGAGAUACCUUGUACAGACGAUCAGCUGAUGGAAUAGCAGUGGACCAUUCCAAGGUGGAAGCACUGCAGGAGUGGCAAAGGCCUACUAAUGUAUUUGAGGUUAGGAGUUUCUUAGGGUUGGUUGGAUAUUAUAAGAGUGGGGCUAGAGUGCGUGCUAAUGCAACAAGACAAGGUGAUAGCUUAUUCCUCAAGGCAAUUAAAGCCACAUGA